UUUCCACUUCUCCUUCGGAGGUCAUUUUCGACAAGUAUCCGAUGCUCCUACAGGACCAAGAAUAUCCUGAGGAUAUCGUCGCAGAGGCCCUCACGAAACAGUUAACAAGACGCGGUCGUUCCGAGGAUAUUCAAAGCAUCAAGAACAUCAAGCCCGAAGCUGAACCCCAAAUUGCCUCGACUCCGAAAGCUGUCGGCAAGCGCAAGCCACGCAAAGCUAACAUACCACUCCCGGUCAACAGAAUAGAUCUUCCCCCGCGUUCAACAUGGCGAAACUACUUUCCCACCAGCGGCAUGGCAUUCAAAAGUCGUAUUUCCAUCGCUAACCCCGAGACGGCAGCACUAGUUGCAGAUUCAUUUGUUCCAAGUGGUUCGAAGGAUAAGGUUAUUGUAGAAGCGUAUCCAGGUCCUGGUGCAUUAACUCGCGCUUUGAUGCAGUUGCCGAAAGAACGGAUCCGAAAAAUCAUCGUGCUUGAGGACGUAGAACAGUACCUCAACUUCCUGAAUCCGCUGCAGGAAGCGGACCCUAGAGUACAAGUUUUGCCAAUGAACGGUUUCUCGUGGGAUACGUAUCAUCAGCUAGACGUCCAAGGCUUCCUGGAUGACGUGGAGAAUAUUCCAUGGAAUGAGUCAAAUCCAUAUCUACACUUUAUCUCGCACCUUCCUAUGGAUGUCCUGGGCGAGCAGCUCUUAGCACAACUAUUACGCUGCGCACCAGAACAAUCCUGGCUGUUCAAAUACGGUCGCAUUUCAAUGAGUUAUCUAAUGCACGACUGGGUAUGGGAUCGUAUUUCCGCAUCUCCUGAGCAUCAGGCCCGGUGCAAGCUGAGCGUCAUCGCACAAGCCGUUUCUGAGUUUAAUCACACCAUUGACCCACAGUUGUUGGUACCAUAUAAUAGCCAUUUCUAUCCUGAUGCUACGAACCCUGCAUAUUCUUUAAAGACUGAAAACAGGCGCAGAGGUACACCAUUCAUAGCGGGUACAUUCAGACCAUUAGAGCAUCAGAUCAUUCAGCCAGGUAUGCUGGACAAAUGGGAUUACUGCCUACGGAAACUCUUUGUCCUGAAGUCGACCCCUCUCAAGGACGCUGUUGGUCAUCUAGCACCUGGAUCAGAUGCUUUGAAGUCCUACCUCGCGGGCGAUGACGUUCCACCUGAUCAGAGGACUGACAUGAUGAAGAGCAUCAGGAAAAUGAGUGUAGAAGACUGGGCUGCUGUUGUCGGCGCCUUUGACCGGUGGCCCUUCGCACCUGAGGAACUCUUGAUCACGGACUCUUUCAGCAGAGACGACCGUAUAUAGCGUUGAGCAUGAUAUUGCUCUUCUCCUGGAUACAUCAGUCGACGAGGGGUCAUGCUGGCGGGACUGUAUCUUAUUCCUAAGAACACGUCAUGUGCCACGGUGCGCAGAUAUCCUUACAGCAUUCCCAUGUAUCCCAGACGUUCUCCUUACUUUUUUCCAUGUCACAGAAGGAGCCAAUCUGGCAAUUCGAUAUAUUUGCCCUUCAUGCAUGUUCAUACCGCCCGACCUGUCAACACAAUAGUAGUAUGGAUCCUUGACUGGAUGACAAGCGAAUAUCUACAUCUCAAAAAAUAUAUACCUUUGUGACCUGUGGUGGAUUUGUUGAGACAUGGUUUAUCAAUCAGAGUGACUAAAUUUGGG